AUGGUUUCAUCGGAGAAAAGAAAACUCUUCCCAAAUAAUGGCUGCCAUCGCAGCCAGGAUCAAGCACUGGUCGCUACAAUCUACAUCCUUCGAGAAUAUGGGCCAACUGGCUUUCUCCUCAAAGAAGAACAAGAAGAGAAAAAUUUUAAGAUCUUCCUUGGCCAGGAACAUACCUGCAGUUGUCCAGCAUUUCAGAAGACAAAAGAACUGUGUAAACACAUAUGUUGGCUCUUGCUGAAAAAAUUCAGAGUGUCCAGAAAUGCCCCAUUGAGCUGGCAAAAAGGCUUAAAUGAACGUGAAAUCAAUGAGCUUUUAUACAACCAAACCAGCAAUAUUAAUGCAAACAACUCAGAAGCAACAUCAACUCCAAGCCAAGAAGCUGCUGCUGUUGAAGGAACAAGGGAGAUAACUGAUGGUUGUGUUGAGCAGAGAGCAAUUGAUGAUGAGUCUGUGUGUCCAAUUUGUUUGGACAAUCUGCUCAAGUCUCACCAGCCAGUGACAUAUUGUCGCUAUGGAUGUGGAAACAGCAUUCACAUCAAGUGUAUGAGGAUUCAUGCAGUUCACCAAAAGACAAAUGAAAAAGAGACAAUCACCUGCCCAAUGUGUCGGGCCAAUUUUGUCUCUCUGGAAACACUUAAGAAAGAAGAACGCAAUUCAAUGAAUGGUGUCAGCCGACCUGUGAAAAACUAUCAUUAUGGAGUCACCUGUGAAGCUUGCCGUUUGACACCAAUUGUGGGAAAUUGCUACAAGUGCACUUCUUGUGAAUCUUAUUACUUAUGUCAGACCUGCUUCAACAUGCCCAUACACCAGGAACAUUCCUUCAAGUUCCGACAAAGAAAAAUACAAAAAUGGAGAUCAGCUUUCCGAAAUUUUGGAUAUGCUUUGCCCAAUGCAAUGGUCAACAAUCUGAUGGGCCGUGAAUUGAAAACAGAAGAUUAUGACACUUUGCUGCAACUGGAUAGUGAAAACAUGCAAGAAUUCACAUCUCUUCCUGAGAAGGUGAUUGACUCACUGCCUUUAGAAACUGUUGCUGAACGCAGCUCUCUUCUGGCCCAGGGGGCUCAGUGUUAUGUCUGCUUGCAACCUUUUCAUCUUUACCAACCUGUGCGCAAAUUGCCCUGUCAUCAUAAGUUCCACCGAGAAUGCAUUGACAACUGGCUGCUCCAUUGCCAUGCUGUAUGUCCUGUUGAUGGGCAAGAGGUUUGGAAUCCUUUCACUGCAACUAAAAAGAAAUGCAAGACAAAAUUAAAGAAAAAAGAAGAGUGUUUAACAAAGGAUACAUUAGCUUUGGAUAUUACUGGUUGUUCUAUAGAGCCUUCACAGCCUAAAAAGACAGUUUUAGGUCAAAUUAGAAUGCAAAAAAGUUUCCAGGCAGAUGCUUUGAAAAACAAACAACAAAGGCAAGUUUUAUUUGGCCAAAGCCAUUCCAACUUAACAGGUGAGGAUGUUGUAGCCAGCAACAGCAACAAGGAGGCUGGAGAUUAUUUUCAGUUUAGAACCAAUUCCUUGUUGAAUUUAGUUUCCCAGAAAUCUUCUGGGGAGGCAGUGUCAUCAGCUGACAGGAUCGAUGGAGAGAGACAAGCAUCGUCUAAAGAACUUAUUGCUCAAUGCCAGCCGAAUAUUGAAAGAGUGAAAAGUGCACCAUUUUUGAGGUUAAUGACCAAUAUACUUCCUCCGAUACAAGUGAAAGAGAAAAUGCCGGAGUUACAGCAGAAAAAAAUAUCGAAACAUCCUUCUGACGAUGUCUCCCAGUUUUUGUUUGAAAGAUGUCCGCUGCAAAGAAAAUUUGUUCCUUAA